AUGAACGCCAACCAGGAAUACUUCCGAGGGAAAACCCUCCUACUAUCGAUAUGUGCUCUCUUCACAUUCACUACGUUCAUAUUGAUCAUCGUCGCUACUGCAGGGUCCACUGCAAACUAUAAACCAUUGACCAACAUCUACAUCGGAGAUGCAGACAUCUCCCACAUUAAAGUUACCAAGGUCAUUCCUCAAAUCGGCCCCAUCUUGACUAUUCUCGGUACCGCUUUAACCGCCCCAAACACAACUUUGGAAGGCAUUUUCGGCUCGCUAAAGGCCAUCGCUGAUACUCCCGCUUUGACGCCAUUGAUGACUAUCUUGUCUAAUGCCGAAAAUGUCUCGUCAACUAUGCUUUCCCUGACCGAUUUGGCUCCCUUGGCCAUUAGUGGUAAUCCUACGGAAAAUACAAAGGAAUUGGUGGCCAUGAAUGGGCUGGUACAUGAUGCAUCGGAUCCUAAUCAAAUGCUACAAGGUUUAAGCGCUUUGGUGUUACCAUCCAUUGAAUCCAUGAACGAGACUAUCGCUCAACAUGAUAACUCUACACAAAUUGUCAUGGCUCUAUUGCAGGAUUCUGAUGAUCCAUUGAACUCCACAGAAUCUUUGCAAGUCUUGAAUGGGUUGUCCAUGGCUGAUAAGGCAAAGAUGUUGCCCGUUUUCCAAAUCUUCCAAGAUACAAAUAAUAACACGGCAACUUUAUUCGCUUUGCAAGAAUUAAUGUCCGCUGAUCCACCAAUCGCAUCGUCCUUGGCUACCAGUCUCAUUGAAACUUUGCAAAGAGCAUUGGGUAGUUCUGAUUCAAAUUUGAAUUCCACUUUCAAUUCUUUAUCCGCUGCCGUCCCUGAUAAUAUGAAAUCCUCGUUGGAUGCUGUAAGAAUCUUAUUACAAUCAACCAAUCAACCAAAUGAUACGCUUUCCAUUCUUUCUGAUUUAAUUGAACAAAAUAUAACAACUUCGGAAACUGCCAAGAAAUCAUUCGUACAAUUGACUAAUUUAUUGGUUCAUACUUCUGAUCCACCAAUGGUAUUAAGAUCAGUACAAAGUUUAGCUCUAGUACCCAACGUUACCAAGUCGAAUCAACAAUUGGAUGCAUUGCAACAAAUGCUCGAGGCAAGUUCUGAUCAAAAUUCUACCAUAAGCAUCCUAUCUCAAUUGAAUCAAGGGUUAACUCCAAACAGUACUACCAUUCAAUAUAUCCCCUCGUUAUUCAAUCUAUUGAGUGCAUCUUCUGAUCCAGAAACUACUUUCUCCUCCUUGGUGACCCUAACUUCAUGGGCCCAAGAGAAUCCAUCCACUUUUGUCCCCAUCAUCUCCAUCCUUGACGAUGCACAAUCAGUACAAAUCAUUUCAGAACCACAAUUAGUAGCAAUGACCCCUGAAUUGUUGACAUUCUUGGGAAUCCCCAUCCAUUUCCGUCUAUCCAUCUUCUCUCUAUGUAAGGCAGACAUCAAUAACGAGAUCAUAUCAUGCACAGCACCACAUGCCGUCCAAAACAUGGAUUUCAGAGCCAUAGUCUACGCAAGUUUAAUGGAUUCAGAAUUCAGACCAUAUUUGCAAGCAUUAAACAUCACAGCAGAUAAAUUACAUCUUGAUGGGAAAUUACAAGACAGAGAACACGAAUACGUACCUUCCAUAAAGGCAACUUUGGCAAUGAAUUUAUUAGCAAUCAUCUUUAGUUUCUUCACUUUAGUCAUCACCUUCGUACUAAUGUUUGUCACAAGAUUAGUCAUUAGCAAGAUUACUUGGCUUUCCACCCUUCUACUAUAUCUAAGUGUUGCCCUAUUCGCAGGUUUGGGUGCCACCGUCCUCACAGUCGUGGUACAAAUCAUCAAAUCAGGGACUCAUCACGAUAACUAUGGUGUCGUGUUUAAAGGUGGAUCUGCAUAUUUCGGAUUGGUUUGGACAGCAUUUGCUCUAGCGGUCAUUGCUGCAACUUUAUUAUUAUGGGCAUGUUGGAAGAUGAGAUACGCUAUGGGACUACUACAUCAAAAGAGCACAGUAUCAGAUGUCGAAGAUGGAGGAGAAUUCGUGGACAAGAAUACCAGUGGAGAAAAGUUGGUCAUGGCUACUACAGAUUUGACCGCUACUACCACUGCUGUCACUGCAUUGGCAAGUGAAUCAUUGCCCAGCAGCUCCAGUAACACUGAAGAGGACACCAACGAGAAGACCGUCGUCGCAUGA